AUGCGCGUUUCCAUCAUCUCUACCCUUACGAUGCUUGGGCUCUCUGCCCUUGCUAUUGCGGCGCCUUCUCCUGUCGAUAACCUUGAGGCUAGGGCGGGACGUGGUCGUUGUCAGUGUCAGACUAUCUGCCAUACCGUCCCUGGUGGUAUGGGCGCCGGCGGUACCUGGUGCGAUUGCACCUACAACGGCAGCAUUAGCGGAUGCACCAAGGAUAACAGUGAGUUGUAUCUUGUCCAGUCCUCUUAG